AUGACACAAGGAGUCGGGCUGCUGACACAGCCACUACCCAAUUCCAGCGCACACGCUGCUCCCCUAACUCGCUUACCGGCUCAGCCAAGCAGCCGCUCUGCCCCGCGGAACCCCGGCCGCUGCUCCCGCGGCAGCCGCGGCUCCCGGCGCGCCGGGCCGGCUGCGCGCGCCCAGCAUCCCGGGAUCGCCGGCCCCGCGAGCCCGCGCGCUCGGCUCCGGCCUCUCCCGCCCCGCCGGGGCAGCGGCGGCGGCGCGGGGCGGCCCGGAACAUGCGCAGUGCCGCCGCCGGGCCCGUCCCCGCCGGGACCCCGCCAAGGGGGUCGGCGCAGGACGGGGGGGUCCCGGGGGUCCCCGCCGGCCCCCCCGCGCCCUCGCCGCGCAUGCGCGGCGCGGCGCCCCCCCCCGGACGGGCGGCGGGGGAGGGCGAGCGGCUCUCGGCUCGUCCCUUCUCGUCCUGGCCGCCGGUUUCCGCUGUCGGGGCCGCCGGUUCCUCAUGCCCGGCGAGCAGCUGCUGCUGCCGCCGCCACCGCGGCGCGCGGCGCCCUCACGGUUUGGCUCGGAGCGAAGGGGAAGACCAGGUCGGCGACACCCGCCGGUCCCCCGGGAGCGCUGGCGAGAGCAGCCCGCCCCGCUACUUACGCGCUCCCCCGCCUCCCGCCGCCGCCGGUGCCGCCGCUCCGCGGCCGCUCUGCCCCCGCUAUCACUCCUCGUCUUCACGGACAAGACAAUAUGGCGCCCGCUGGCGCUCACCCGGAAGUUAAAGGCGUCACGGAGCUGACCCUCGCCUGGCACACACGGGCGCCUUCCUCCGCCAUCUUUGCUGAGGGCGGCCGGGCGGCGCUCCGCGUUUCCCUCGCCGCGGCCGGAGCGCCAACGCCCGCUGCCGCCAUCUUUACUGCGGGCAGCCCCGCCGGUGGCGGGAGAGGGAGGCGGGGGCGCGCUCCUGCCGGGAGCGGGGAGAGUCUAGCGGGAGUGUCUAGCGGGAGUCACCUUCCCGCCUGCGGGACUGCCGGGAGGCCCACGGGACGCUCAUUAGCUCCGUGGCUCCACGGAUAACUUCUCGUCAGAGUGUGAACCGUGUUCCCAGUACGGGGUCGACAUGAAGAAGCACUGUCUUGUGGCUGGUCAGCAGAGAGCCGCUCAGCAGUCACAGCUUUUCUCAGGGUCAGUACUGCAGCCUGUAGGCAGAGCCAGUGUGGUGGUGGGGACAGACCAACUACAGCUACAGGAGCUCUUCCUGCAAGAGCUUUGCAAGCUCAUGGAUGCAGUGCUACAUGCAAAGUGACCGACACAUAAGGGGUUUCCCUGGAUACAUCAGGAUGGUUAAAUGUACUCUGAAGAUGUUAGAAUAACCACAACAAACAUCAGCAUGUUUCACAGUGCUUCUACCUUCUAAAAAGGCAGUAAUGGGAUCCACAAUGACACUUGAAGAACUGCUUGUCCACCGGUGGGGAGGAGGAAUAUACAAGAGAGGUUUGGCCUCUUACCUGGUGGAAUCUUUUCAGGUGGAGAAUAAGAAUCGCAGGAACUGAAGAAAUCAACAGCUGUUUCCGAGCAUUUGUGUAGACACCUUCCAUUUUCUUUUCUGUAUUUAUGAAUAUCAAAAUAAUAUGUAAAGUGAAGGCAGUCAUAUGGAAUUUUUAAAGUACUUUCUAAACAUCUGAUGGAACAGAUCUAUGCUGUGAUGUUUUUGUACAUAUAUAAAAAACAGCGGAAAUUUUGUAGAGUAACAAAAAUAUUUUCGCAUUCUUCUAGUUAAUAAAUAUAAUCUGUGAAAUCUGAGCAUUAUUUUAGCCAGUCUUGUGCAAAUCAGAUCAGAAGCUAGAAUCCUGUCCACUAUCUAGGUCAGCCUGCACACUGAGAUACCUAUAUUGUCUGUUACUAAAGCACCCAGCUUUCCUGUUAAAACCUAAAAUAAAUGGAUGAUCCCUGGAUAAAAACUGCAAGGCACAAGUCUAUUUAUCUAUGCUAAUGUCCUAAUCACUAAGAGUUUAGUUUUCCAUUCUUCAGUUCUUUCUGCAUGACUACAAAAAAGGUCUGAGGAGGGUUGUCUACUUCAGGAAGCUUCCUAACCUGCUGGCUACAGCAUUCAGGAUUUGGAUAUGUGGCCUCCAGACCCCCUACGGUGCAGAAGGCAUGGAACACAGGGUGCUUAUCAAAAGUAGCACAGUGAAAGCUCCACAGAAAAGCUCCAGAGUAAAAGGGAACAUGCCACUAGCAUUUGUUUUUGCUGAAAAAAUUAAUUUACUGGUUUUUUGUAUGUUCAAAAUAGAAUAGUUAAUUUGAGAUAUAAUGGAGCACUUAAUGUAUAAUUGGGUGACCUCUUACAUCUUUUGGUUUAGAAGGAAAAAAAUAAAUAAUUAGUUAUGAAUUGAUUUUCCUUUUCCAUGGUGCCUAUGGAACCAAGGUGUUAUAAAAGAGCACAGUCCAAUGAUGAUUAAAAGAAUGACUAUAAAAUACAAAUAAUUUUUCUGAAUUUACUCAUGUUUAACUUGUAUCUCUUCAAAUAAAUGCACAGAAAACAGGCAAUUUUUUGUUAUUAUACUAGCUCCCUUUAUUGUGUUUACAAAUUAUCAGAAGAGCUGAAAUUUUUAGUCUUCUGUAAUUCUAUAUAUAAAAAAAACCCCAACCCUCCAGUCCUUCUAAAAUAUUAUUUUUUCACAAAAUUUAAGUUGAUUUUCUUAUUCGGUGAAUUCUAAUGGUCUGCUUGGGCUAUACAACCAUCAAGGAAGACAUUGUCACAAGAAGGUACUUCUCUCUCAUCUCCAUUCUAACAAAUUUUUGGAAUUUUUUUUCCUGUCUUCAUUACAACUCUCUUUUUGCAUCUUUUCCACAUGUAAUUACAUUACUUCCCUGAGUAUGUAAGAUACUGGGGCUGAAUAUUACAGCAUAUAUUUCAAAGCUUUGAGAAUUGUAAGGAACAGAAACAGCAGCAAAUAUUAGUAUUGAGCAAUGCACAAACUCGGUCCACAGUCACCUUUAAAUUCUUUAUCUUGGAUAGAAUAAAGAUGUCGAAUGAAUUCUAUGUUAUAUCUCCAAUUAUGUUCUAAUAUAAAAAUUCAUCUUAUUGCCAUCUUCUGAUGAAGUUUUAAGUUGUUACAAGCAAGUGUUGUUUGGGGAUUUUCUAUUUAACUACGGUAGGGAGGCCCAUACUGGAGCAAUGGAAGAGCAGCCAGCACACAGGCUUUGGGAGGCAAUGCUGGAAAUUGUCCAGAGGUACAAGCUCAUUACCUGUGGAGUUGGUUUUCUUCUGAUACUUCUGCUUCCUUUCUGUGCAGCUCUCACAUAAAAGCUUGUUGUUCCCCAUUAAGAGCUCUACAGAGGUGAACUGGUAAAGGCAGGACUGAA